AUGUCCGACCCGACCACCCAACCCCAACCCCCAGCCCCAAACUCCACUACAACCGACCAACAAACAAAAGAAGCCCACGCCGCCUUCACCGCAACCCUCCACUCCGUCGGCGCCAACCUCGAAGCCCCACUCCGCGACCGCGCAACAACCAUCCAGAGCAACGCCGCCGCCCUCGAGCGCCAGGAGACCGAGCUGGCCGAGACCACGCAGCGGCUGGCGCGCCAGAACCAGCAGUGGACGGGGCUGGCGGAUGAGACGCGCGAUGGGCUCAAGGAGAUUGGGGACGUGCAGAAUUGGGCGGAGAUGAUUGAGCGGGAUUUGUUGGUUUUGGAGGAGAUGAUGGGUGAUGUGGAGGGUCAGGAGAGUGAGUCUGUGAAUGGGGAUGUGGGCGUGGAUGCAGAUGCAGAUGGUGAAAGGAGGAGGGUCGAGGAAGAAGUAGAAGGUGAUUCUGGGGACGGGAGGAUCCCGCAGAAUGGGGAUUUGGGUUUGGAUGGUGGUCAUCACGAUGCGAAGGAUUCUAAGGUCAAGGCGGAGAAUGGGACUCGGUCGUGGUUCCGCUGGUGGUGA